CAAAAUAGUAAAGUGACAGUCGCACACUUUUCCACACACAGAAAAUCACAUGAAAUUUUAAGGGAAUCUCUAUUUAUAUUUACACGAUAGAUAUUCAAUGUGAUAUAUCAUCCAAUGAACGCGUUACUUCAUGUAAAUUUCGGUGUUAUUUCGUACAAUUGAUAUUUUGGUGUUGUGUGGCCGUGAUUCCGUGUAUACAACUAUAUUGUGAAAUCCUUUGCCCUCCUUUUGCUCUGCUCUCGAUUUUCCUCUUCUCGUGGUGAGGAGAAAUUCGGUAUUAAGGCCUUCUUGCCCAUAUUUGAGCCCUAAAUUUAAAGCAAUAAGUCGCUGGCUGGGGGUGCAAUCAUGAGCCAAGUGAGCGAAAUUCACAAUAAAACCACGGAGAAGAUGAAACAGGAGCAGAUUUUUAUCCACCUUAUUGUUGGUUUUCGUGAGAUCUGUAUAGUUACUGCUGCCCUUCCACUAAUUACCCUCGUGAUGUGCUUCAUAACAGCCUAUAUCUUCCAGGCGGAUGAAAUUCACGAAACCCAUUGUCGUGUCUACAAUGUGAUUCCAUCGAUAAGUGCCAUCACUGGGGUAAGUCCUCAGCGGUACUUUUGGCGUGCCUGUAUUGCCUUUCACAUAGGCCCUCGUGUGGCCAUAGCUGCCGUCUACCGUAACUACUACAGCAGUAUGGUGGCCAGAAUUCGCGAUCCGAAGAUGCAGAAGCGUACGCGGAUUCUUGUAACCACCGUCUUUGUUCUAAAUCUCAUCGAAAUCGGGGCCCUGUGUGGCGUAACGUACGUGUCCAAUCGCGAAAACUAUCCCAUCCACGAGAAAGUGUUCAUCACCUUCAUGAUAUGCUCUCUGUGCCAUAUGCUGGCCACCAUUCGCCUCAACGAAUCCACCGCAAAAGUCACACCCGCCGCUCGAGAAUCCGCCGCUUUUUCACUACACUGCAAGAAGAUCCUGUUCUUCCUGAGUAUCGCCAGCACAGCCGGUCUUGUGCUUUUCUUCCUGAAGCAUCGCUUCCUGUGUCAUGACAUGGCAUUCAGCUGGUUUGCUCUCUGUGAGUACAUUAUUGCUUCUGCCAAUAUGGGAUUUCACUGUACCACCAUGCUCGAUUUCCCCACCGAGCACUUCAUCGUGGCGAAAGGAGCUGAGAGGCUCAAAAAUCAUCAAGAGUACAAAUUUGAAUAAUGAUUUUCCACAGAUACCCCCAAGAAAAUCCCGCAAAAACAGGCUACCCACAUAGGUAGCCGAGCCAACAGAAUUUUUUUGGCAUCUCAAAGUAUUUAGUCAUUUUACUAAUUUGUAGAAAGGUCUAAACUGAAGAAAAAGUAUUUAAAAAAAAAGAUUUUUAGAGGAAAAUAAGCAAAUACUAUUAUAGAAUUUAAUAAAUUCCACUGAAGAGUCUUUGCCAAUGGCUCUUGAACUUAAUAAUUUUGGAAUGAAGAAAAAAUUAUUAAGCAGUGGAUACCUUACAAUUUUCAAAUACAAAACUAACUUAUAGUUGUUUGUAGACGAAAUAACAUAGUUAUGAAGAAGUGAGGGAAUCUUUUAGCUCAAAUAGGGCUUCUUCCGAACAUUUAGACUCCAUAGACAGGACGCGCAAAGUGAUUUUAUUGCAUUUUUGUCUUGAACCAAAGAAAACAAAUUCAUUUAUUAUUUAGUAUAUUAAAUUUAUUGCUAUUUUGUCUCCCAAUCUAACAGUAUUCUUAAUACAGUGAUCAGAAGUUUUUUGGUUGAGCAGUGUUAUUUUAUUAAUUGUUGCAGGUUAUUUAACUUAAAUAUUUAUUCAAAUGAGAAGGUUAUAAGAGCUUUUGCAAUAUUUUAACUUUUGAUUUACUGAAGCAUAGUUUAGUAAUAAAUAGAUUUAACAAAAGUUUUACAGAAUAAACUUUAAACCUAAUGUACAAGCUGUAAUCAAAACUACAAAUUUUAUUAAGGGGUGAAUCAAGGGGCAGAUAAUAUGGUCGGAAACGGUGUACAGAUAUUGAAGAUUUUUCAUAUAAGUUGUGGAAGUGCUGAAGAAGUAGUACAUGGAACUAAUUGCACGUAUUACUUCCAUACUUCUCUAGGACUAAAUAUGGCGGGAAGUAUAGGAAGUGCGUAGGAAGUGGUAGUAGGAGUUCUAUAUAAAAUCAUAUUUUUCUAUGUUUUUUUCUGUACCGUUUUAGACGCUUUUAGUGCGAUUUUCUUUUAAUAAUACUCGUUUAAAUAUGCUGAAACUUUUUGUGUACUUCUUCUUGUCUUUCUCCUUAAUUUAACAUUUAACGAACUCUUAGUGCUGCAAACUUCACUUCCCGAUCCCGACCCAACCAUACCCUAAACUAAAACUUAAAGUCUAAACUCGUACUUGAACUCAAAUGAUCAAACACUUUUUAAAACAUCAAAACCUCAAAUCUGAAAAUUUAAAACAUUUAAUUUUUAACUAUUUAAUCCAAAUUAUUUAUGCUAGCAUACUGGAUAUAUGAAGCUCAUAGGCAAAAGCUCAUAUGGCUAAAGCAUAGGAUAUGUUCAAUUUUGUCUCUGAGGUCCACAUAUUGUUUUUUUCUGUUAUAGUGGUGAUUAUGAGAAGUUAUGGAAUUAGGGUGAAAUUAAAUUGCCGUACAACUGAUUAGAUGAGCUUGGCAAUCUUGCUCUUUCUUUUUGACUGGCCUAUCCCCAAUGAAAUGUAAAACAUAUUGUAAAACCGAAACAUAUAACCAGAUUAAGAACAUUUCCAAUGUUUAGUCCUGGAGGUUGGAAUCUACGCUAAGACGGCGGUGGACGCAUGGGGAGUGGGAAAGGUCAAGAAUGAGAUAAAAUAAAUUUAAUUUAAUAAUUCAAUUCAAAUUUAAGAAAAAGGCGUUAAAGUCUCAAACUAUUUCUUUUACUCAUAACUAAUUCGUAAACUCAUAUAACCUAAAUGGGUCCCGGUCAAAAUCCCGAAAGCCAAAAUCCCGAACGCCAAAAUCCCGAAAGGGCCAAAAUCCCGAAAGCCAAAAUCCCGAAUUCUUAAAAGUGUUAUAGCUACUCCCACGAUUGUACCCGCGCUUGCUGGAGGCAAAGGGGAAUCUUCUGUGUCUUGGGAAAUUAUUCUAAACAUUUUUCUCCAUAUAAUUUCAUUCCUAUCAGGAUUUUGAACAUUCGGGAUUUUGGCUUUCGGGAUUUUGGCCUUUUCGGGAUUUUGGCGUUCGGGAUUUUGGCUUUCGGAAUUUUGGCUUUCGGGAUUUUGGCUGCCACCGGAAAAAAAUUCUAUGUAUCCCCAGGAAUAAAGUCACUGUUGCAUAUUAUAAUGGCCUAUAUACUAGACAAAUAUAUGUCCAUAUUGAAGCAAAUUGCCUAAGUUUGUGCAGGAAAAACGGUUAAAUAUGAGCAUAAAUUUCUCUAGUGUGUAGGUCAUAAGAUGAAACGGCUAUGUCGACCUAUGAGUUCAACAGUAAUAACGUAAAAAGGAAGGAGAAGAAGAAGGAUAACAGAAAUUUGAACUUACUAAAAAUGAUGGAUAUUUUUUUAAUUUUCCGAAAUAAAACGUUUAAUUAUCUAGGACUCGCCUUUUUUAGGGUUUGAUAACACUGCAAUUACGACAAUCAUGUUUUUGUCUUAUUCAAUCUCCUAUUCACUUAGCACAAUUAGAAAUUUUUGUGCUCAGAAAAUAGAAGAACUACAAGAAAUGCCGGAAUUAUUGAAUGAUUAAGCACUCCCAAGGUAUUAGAAGUGAAAAUUGUCCAAAAAACUUAUAGAAGAAUUAUUAGCGGUGUAAAGAUUUUAAGCUUAAACCAUAUUAUCCCCCUUUUAAAUUGUAGUAUUAUUUAAUGAAAAGCCUAAAAUAUAUUAUGCCAUUUUGGUUGCCUAUCUGAUCACUCAAAAAAAAGAGAUUUUUUUGUAUAAAAAUUAAAACUAUAAAAAAUAAUAACAAAAGAGAUUCCGUUGUACUUUAAUCUAAAGUCAAUUGAUAUUAUGUGAAUGAAAAUUAAAAAGGAACUUUUGCAUGUAAUUUUGCCAUAAUAAACUGCACUAGUCAGACUAAGUGAUAGAUAAAUUAGAUAAAUUAUUUUUCUAAGUUUUAGUGUUGUUUAUCUCAAAUUUUAUUGAUAUAUUAUACCAAAGAAUUAAAAGUGACGAGAAUCUUCAUAUUAUUUUAUAUUUAAGAGAAUAUUUAGUGAAAAAAAAAAACAAUUAACAUAUCUCUUGAAAAACGAAGAAAUCUCUCUACGUACUUAACAUUAAUUACAUUGUAGUAUACAAAAAAAUGUAAAUUAUUGACACAGACAGUAAUUGAAUAAAUUAGCAAUUUCAAAUCAAUCA